AUGCCUAGUAUUCUACUCAUCAGUCCUUCAAACGAGAUUCUACUCCUUCACCGAGUCCGAACCUCUUCCUCAUUUGCAUCUGCACACGUCUUCCCGGGAGGUAAUCUGUCAACCUCCCAAGAUGGCGAGAUACCUGCUCCCAACGAUCCAAGGCGACAUGUCGAUGGCUUGGCGUAUAGAAUGGGAGCUAUAAGGGAAUGCUUUGAAGAGAGUGGGAUAUUACUUGCUAGACGGAAUGAUGGGAGCUCUGAUCUGCUAGAUGUAGAAGAAAGCGUAAGAGAGCAGGCGAGAAAGGACAUUCACUCCGGGCAAGUAAACUUUGGAGACUGGGUGAAGGAGAUGGGCGGGACUGUUGAUACAGAAUCAUUAAUACCCUUCACCCGCUGGAUAACCCCAACCAAUCUCCCGAAGCGCUUCACGACUCAAAUGUACAUAUACUUUCUCCCCUUAACCCAGACAUCCCGCACCACAAACGUCCCCUCGAAAACCGUAAUCCCAACCCCUACUUCCGACGGAGGACUCGAACACACCGCCGCUUUAUUCGCUCCCUGCAGCACCUGGCUCUCACAAGCAAGGCGAGAUGAAGUGAUAUUAUUCCCGCCACAAUAUUACCUCAUGUCACUAUUGUCUCCAUUUCUGAACCCCUCGCCUUUCUUGCCCGAAGAAGAAUUGCAGACGCAGAGAGAUAAAGUCUUGGGAUUCGUCAAGGGAGAUGGAGGGGAUGGGAAGGGCAUCCCUUGGGCGGAUAAAGUCAUGUCGCCAAUUGGGAUAUUGAUGCGGAAGAGUGAUAGGAGGAGUGUGUUGGGACUUGAGAAGCCAGGUCCUGAAUUGAAGGGGGCUGGAAGAGGGGGAGACGAGAAGAGGGUUGUGCUGGUCAAAUUUAGUAAAGACGGACCGAGAAAUGUAGAGGUUAGAGAGAGGGUUGAGAUCUUGGCUGAAGAGAAGGAAUUUCAGAAGAAGAAUCCGGCCGAGAAGUUAUAG